AUGAAACAACCAAUGCGGAGAAGACAAGCAGUCCUCAAAAAGACUUGCCUGCUCAAACCUCGGACUCAGACCAAUCAUCUCCAACAAACUGAGAAGACAAGCCAUCCUCAAAAAGACUUGCCAGCCCAAACCACCAACACCAACCAAUCAUUGGCUAGUGAUUCUCUCUCUGGUGAGCUGGGUUCUGAUUCCAGCCAACAACGUGGAGCAACAAGCUGUUUGCCAACCAAUACCGAGAUCUCAAGCAAUCCUGCAAAAUACUCAACCGCUCCAACCACCGACACAUUUCAGUCGUCUGCUAGUGCUCCUCUCGCCGACACGUUUUCUUCUGAAUCAAGCCAACAACAUGGUCAUGAAGCAGCCAACACGGAGAAGACAAGCAGUCCUCAAAAAGACUUGCCUGCUCAAACCUUGGACGUGGACCAGUCAUCUGCUAGUGUUUCUAUCCCGGAUGAGUUGUCAACUGCUCGAACCACCGACACAAACCAGUUGUCCACUAGCGCUCCUCCUGCCGACACGUUGUCUUCUCAUUCAAGCCAACAAACUGAGAAGACAAGCCAUCCUCAAAAAGACUUUCCGGCCCAAACCACCGAUACAAACCAAUCAUUGGCUAGCGAUUCUCUCUCUGGCGAUGCUCCUCUCGCCGACAUGUUGUCUUUGGAAUCAAGCCAACAAAAUGGUCAUGAAGCAGCCAACACGGAGAAGACAAGCUUGGGGUUUGAAACUUGGAUUGGGAAACUAGAUGACAACUGA